AUGCUGCCUGCUAUUGUGCUCAUGUUCGCCUCCAGGUCCCGAUCCACUCCUCUCGCGACAUAUGUUGUCUCACUGGAUACUGCGCCAGAUUCGUUGCUCUGCGACAUGGCCCUGUCACUCCUCGGCCCGAAGGCCGACCAUUUGGUGGACAAGUUCUAUGAUGCACACUUCAAACCCCCACAGAAUAGAAGUAUCGGCAAAGUCGCAGUCCGGCGGAGUGUUUGA